AUGCAUCCCGUGGAGAUCGCUGACCGUCCCCCCACUCCCACCCGCGCGAGCUCCAGCCGCGUACACGGACGCACCCCGCGGGGCCGGGAUCUCCUCGCGCUCGGCCUCCCCCCGCCAGGGAGUUCCCCGCGCCGGGCAUUGCUGGACCACGUGCCCCGACCCGAGCCCAAGAGGGACACGGAGAGCCCCGACCCCGAGGGCGCCACCCCUCCCCGCGCGCCCUCGGGUCGGUCCAUGGCCGCGCUCUGCAACCCCGCGCCCCCGCCAGCCCCGCCUCCCCCUGCGGGGUCCUGUGACAGGGGCCCGGCGGCCAUGCCCCGGCUGCAUCCCGGCCGCCGAGCUGGCAGCGGCGUCCCGGGGCCGCGCGGGCACCGGCGAGCCGGCGGCGAGGAGCGCACGGAGCCGGGCUCAGGCGGCGGCUGCGAUCGCGUCUCCUCUGACCACGCGAGCGGCUGGGGGCCGGGGCCGGGGCCGGGGCCGGGGCCGCUGUCCGAGGAGGCUCCGCCGGCUCCGGAGCAGCCCCGCAAGAGAAGACAGCAGGAGCACGCGGCGGCGGCGGCGGCGGCGGCGGCUGACCGGGCGGAGCGCGGCAGCGCGCGGCGAGGGAGGGGGCUCGGGCAGCCGCUCGACCGGGAAGGGCGGCGGGGCGGGGAGGGCCGCGGCGGAGACAGCGCAGGCCGGACGCACCCUUGCGGCCCUAAACGCGCGGGCCCGGAGAGCCUGCACGAGAGAGGUGGGCGAGGCGCGGAGGACCCCAGAGCUGCCCGGUUUCCCGCGAGCGCCGCCCUCCGGUCCCGGUCCCCGUCUCCCCUCCCUCCCUCCGGCGAUCCUGAGGCCGGGCAGCCCCAAUCAGGACCCUUACCCUCCUGCCACCCUGGCCCUGGCCCUGGCCAGGAAAGGACAACACUGGGGAUCCCCAUAAAUGGGACUCGGGCAGCGGGGGUGAAUGCCCCCCAACCUCUGCCGCCGGUCUGCACUGCCUGA